CGUAGGAUCAUACAGAUGGCAGAAUUCCGGCGGCUUCGCUGUCGACAGCGCGGGCACAAUCAGAUGGAGAAAGAUUGCAAACGACUCUUCGGAUAUGUGUGAUUAUUCAGAAGCGGCAAAGACGAUUACGGAAGGCAAGGCCUCGCAGAACCAGAGUCGUCUGUAGGACUGUGUCUCGGUUUGUCACAAGUCGCUUUGGUUGGUUUGUGGGUCAUGUGGUAUGCAAGCAACGAUUCUAACGUCCUUUCAUUCUUUCUUCCAUCAUUUUUGCUCCCGAGGCCAUCGCGAAAGCUGUCACCCCCACAUGACAUCCCUAGAUGCUCCACGACAUCCUCAAGAGUUUUACGAACCACUUUUUCUUUGACACGGUACUCUAUCCCCGUCACGCCCGUACCAAAGAAUUCCUUUCUCAACAACUGCCGAGUAAAAUGGCCAUCACAAGUGCAAAAUGUGCCAGAUCGGCAAUACGCCAUUAAACGAUUGGCAGUUUUGUCAUUUGAGAGAUGCCUCGAUCCUACGAACCCACUUGUUCGUACACGUUCUUUGAAGACCCGCGAGCUUAUCCCGGAAGAUGUCAAGUUCUUCAACAGUACGGUCAAUGCAUCCACCGCGAUUGUGCGGGGAUAUAUAUGCCUACGUCUACUUGCUUACUUCAGGAAGCGCAAGAUUCUCUGACUGAGAGAAGCAAGAUGAGAACGCACAGCUACAAGAAUGUAGAGAUACACAAUCGUUGACUCGGGUCAGAAAAGGUGAUUCUGUAAAGCCUUGUAGGGGUUGGUCUGAUUAACUGGUAGUUUAUGCUGUUU